ACUAAUAAAUAUAAAUCGUCCAACUGCAGAAGCUCACAAAUAAUUCCACCCAACCCAAUAAAUACAUACAAUUGACCAUUCUAUAUCAACACUUGAAUACCUCACUUCGCCACAGCUACUCCAUUAACUCAUCCCACCGCCGCAGCACCGCCGUCGUUCCAUGUAUUAACUAUACAACCACCACCACCACCACCACCACCACCACCAACACCACCCAUUAUUAAUUAGAAACACCACUGAUGGGUUGCUGCGCAAGCACCCCCAAAUCGACACGGCCAACAAAAACACCACCCCACCACAUUGCCAACUCCAAAACCACCACCACCGCCAAACGGAGCAGCAUUAGCAAAUCUCCGCCGCCCACCCACCCACUCCUCGAAGAAGAAACGGUGAAGGAAGUCCUCUCCGAAACCCCCGCCGCUCCCAAACCGGCACACAUCCCCCGAUUCCAAGGCAGUAUUCAUCGGCGGAGCGAGAGCCCGUUCAUCAAAUCGUCGCCUCUGCUCUCCGACUACUCUAGAAACGGCGCCGUAUGCAAGAAGCCCUUCGCCGCUUACGGCGGCGGCGAAGAUCUCUCCGAGGAGGUCUCCGAGAUCUGCAGCACCCUCGGCGAGAGCGAGGGUGUGAGUGUUUCCACGACAAUGACGGAGAAAAGAGAUAACAAUGACGAAUUACGUGAACUCCGGCAGAGAUCCCCUGCCAGGUUAAAGAACCGGCCAUUUUCCGGCGAGGUGAAGAGAGAAAAGACCGUUGGGAGAUCUCCGGGUCGGAGGUCCGAACCCUCGCCCAGCCGGGCCAGACCCGCAAACGGUCCCGGGUACGUUAGAAGAAAGGAUAGUGGCGAGAGCUCCGGGAGAAGGUCGAGAUCUCCGGUGACCCGUACGACGGAGUCGGGUCCAGGAAGAGCGGGUCUGGGGCGGAGCCCAUCAGGGAGGAAAACAGGUAAAUCUCCGGGUCGGGUCGGAUCCGGGUUGGGAGAGAGGAUCCGGAAGAUGGAGGAAGGGAAAGACAACAAGUGGCCACCGACAAAUAACGAGUCGCUUGAAAACCCGCUUGUGUCCUUGGAAUGUUUUAUAUUUCUCUAGAUUUGCAGAUGUAAUUUUUGCAGCAUCACUAGGGGUACUUUCGGCAUGUAAAAGCUGUUAAGAAAACACCCCCUCUUUUGUUUUGUUGCUUUUGUAAAUAAAAAAAAGUCAAAGGUAACUUUCGAGGGAGAAUAAAUAAUUCCACUAA